UGGAUUGCUGAAAAACAACUCAGGAAAUUUUCGCUGCGAAAAAGCCUAAAAAAGGAACCAUUCUGACUGUAAUCUGCCAGUAAGCAACUUAACUUUAUACUAGUGCUAUUAUGUUUAGCGAUGAAGCACAAGAAGCUGUAGAAUUUCACUCAUCGUGGAAAACUGAAAGAUCUGUCAAGGAUGCAGUAGCUCAAACCAGUGAGAUUAUCACUUACGAAGCUGAUGUGCAAUCUGUUCACAAAGUAGAUCAAGAGGUUCAAACAGAAGAAGAAGAUGAGAAAGGAAAACUUGUAUUUGUUUGUGAGGAAGAAAAUCAGAAUCUUGUGAACUUCAUUCUACGUGUCUACCCUGACCUGAGCCGACAGUUACAAGCUAACACAACAAGUCAUGCUUUCGAUGGUUUUGAAGUCAGUGUGGAUGAGGCAACAAGUUCUGUAUCAUGCACUCACACCUUGAUUAAUGCAGCAUUGGCUGAAGAGGAGCUUCAAGUUACUGGUUUAUCAUGGAAUUCUACUGGAUCUGUUAUUGCUGCCUCAUAUGGAAGGUUUGAUCAUGAACAUUGGUGUACUCAUAAGUCAGCACUCUGUACCUGGAACAUUGAUAGGAGAUUAAUUGAUCCAAACAAACCUGAUGCUAGUAUUGACCUCUCUAGCUGUUUGAUGUGCAUUGCAUUCCAUCCAAAACUACCCUCAGUCAUUGCUGGAGGAACCUUUAAUGGAGAGAUACAAGUGUGGGACACUGGGAGAGAGGAUGAAACUGUCAUUGCUACAUCUGGAAUGGGUUCAGACUCGCAUCGGGAACCAGUUACCAAGGUCUUGUGGAGUCUGGAUCCCAGCUCCAAAGCCAGCAAGUAUCAGAUUCUUAGCAUCAGUGGAGAUGGCAAAGUCCUGGUAUGGCAAAUGUCCCCUGGGUCACAUGACCUAAAAUUGGUCAGCGGCUUUCUUUUACAAACAGACAGUGUUCCUCGGAGCAUGCGUUUGAGUAAAGCUCGAGGUGAUGCUGAAAUGGGAGUGACCAGUAUGUCAUUUUCCCAUGAAGACCGCAACCUCUUUGUCCUGGGAUCGGAGGCUGGAGGAGUGUUCAAAUGCUCCAUGACAUCAAGAGGACCCCCACUGACAAAUACCUAUUCUUCCGUACCAUUGCGUUCUCCAGUAACAUUCGCUUUCUCCCCUCACUUUGGUCCUGUGUUCUCUGUGGACUGUUCUCCUUAUCAUAGAAAUCUCUUCCUCACAUGUGGUACAGAUGCAUCCGUCAGACUUUACUCAAUGUUACAGUCCAAGCCCCUAUUCUCGGCGGAGCCGGGAGCGGGGUACUUAUUUAGGGUCCGUUGGUCUCCAUCACGUCCCUUGGUGUUUUCCGUCGUGACUGNCAUAAGUAAACUUAAGUAA